AUGAGGCUCGUUGCAAGGCUUCACAUGGCCUUGUACGUAGCUUCGGACCUAUGGUCAGUCAGCGCGCUUUCCCAACGCGCUCAGACAUACGGAGAUAGCCGUGCGACUGCGGUUGUCUUUACUGCCUCCAGCCAUACAGGCCUCCCGGAAACGACGAUAACAAGACCAAUCCCGCCGUUCCCCGCCUUCAUAGCGCUUCGCAUGGCCGAACUGUCCAGAGCUCGCUAG